GCGGAUUCUGCGGGUUGAUUCUCUGUCGAGCAUGGGCCGCCGCUUGCAAUGGCUCCUGCUGCCCGUGGCUCUCGCUGAGGAGGGAACUCAAUGCUUUGAUGGCGGUAUCAAGGUGGAUCCUGAGAGCCUCAGCGCCUUCGCCUGGCAAGAGUUGGCGCAGGGCCACAACUACUACCGGUGCUUGCAUGACGUGACCUCCUACACGACGAUGCUGACCGCCUUGUACUUCGGUACUGCCGAUCCACCGGUGAGCGUCCUUGUCAAGGACGCGGCGGCCCUGGGGGCGGUGUGGUUGAACCCCAAGGUCCAGGACCACUUCCUCCUCUACACCCAUGGUGCUGAGGUGAUGAGCGUCCACGCCAUAGGCACCAACCUCACGGCGGAUCACUUCCCCCACGCGGACCACUGCGGCCCUUUGCCUUGUUCAGUGGUGGAGGUGGCUGAAGCUGACGCAGACUGCGCGUCCGCGUCCGGCUGCCAGGCGGAGGUGGCCCGCUGGAUGGGAGUUCUGGCAGAGAAGCAGGCCACCGUUGAGGCUGUGGAGCAGGAUGUGGAGCCGGCCUUCUGCACAAUGGCGACCCUCGCAUCCCAGGAGGACAGCCCCAGGAGAGUGCCCUCAUGUGGCUGGAGGGCUACGCGGACGCCCAGUGUUUACUCACCAAAUGCAGCGGGGGCGAUAAUACGAUGCUGGACUAUGAGGCGCUCUAUGCGUGCAAGCUCCAAGGCAAUGUCUUGGGCGCCACCUCGCUGUGCUUGCUGCUCUUAUUCUUCUACUUCAUCCUCAUGGGGG